ACAGCGCAGACAGUUGAAUAUAGAGGAACUAAGAAGUGCUGCUUGUAGUUUUCUUACCAUUAUCACUCAAAGGGUUUAUUUAUCUCCUUCCUGCCGCCGUCGAACUUACUGAUGCAUUUGCUUAAUACCAGUUAUCAUGUGUCUCAUUUUGGCUUUCAACAAUAACGGCGCCGUGGAUUGACGCGUGAUUAAAUUCUUAAACCUCUGCCAUGGUUACGACACAUGCUUUUGCAUAUAGCAUCUUUAUUAUAUCUCUCUUUUGACCUGCUAACCACAACACAGGAAAGCAGAGUAGAUAGACAGGAAGGAGCCUCAGUGGCAGCUGCUGCUGCUGCUGCUGCUGCUGUGUGUGUGUGUGUGUUCACUUCAGUAGUCGUUGUCUCCCGUGUUCACACUUACUUGACAUUGUCCUGUACUCGUGAGAAAUAUGGAGAUAGAAAAUGCAAGGAAAUUGGAGGAAAUCUGUAUUGGUUGUCUUUUGAAAUGUCUACAGGUUGAACAAACAUGUUUGUGGCUACCUCACAGUAUGUCAUAAGCCAUGACUAUUUCUACGCCGUGUAGAGAUGGAGAGACAGGAAUAUUACGAUUCUAUCAUGGACCGAAACAAGCGCAUCACGUGGCAGGACGACUGCUAUGUGGAUCUUCAGUCUACGACCAGCUCACUCCCGUCACAAGCAGAAACAGAAGAUCUUGGCUGGAUCCAAAGGCAUCAGGACCAGCUUCAACGCUUCACUACGACCUCCUUGCUGGAGCAGAUGUUAAUCCACCUGAGAAAGGUGGAUGUGCUGAGUUCAGCCGAGGAGGCCAAGAUCAAGGAGGCGGGCCGACUGCGGGACCAGGUCAACAUUCUCACAACUGUUGUCAUGAGCAAGGACACUCGUGGCUCUGACACCCUUCAGGCUUUUAUAGAGAGCUCCGAUUCUCUGGUGGCUCAGCUCAUCCUCAACCACGAUUGCAUGGUGAAGGAGCACAAAGAAAUGCUUUUACAGCGAUAUGAGCAGUGCAGAGACAGAGAUUCGGUCAGCUGCUCCAAACUCGACGUCUCCUCAAGAGCCUUACUUCUGGUCGAUGGACUUUCUGACCUUCAGCAAAAGGAACAUGACCUGAUGCAGGUGGGGGCAACUCGAGGAAGGAAAAGAAAUCACCUCAGACAACUGGGGCUGGCCAAACUACUGGAGCCACUGACCAGGGUCAGUUUGCCUCCAAGGGUCUCCCUCACCGUUGGAGUCGCUGGUAUCGGAAAGACUAUCUGCGUCCGACACUUCAUCGGCCAGUGGAGCCAGGGAGCCAUAUGUACAGACGUGAGCUUCGUCUUACCCUUUACCUUCAGUGAGCUGAACUCACUGGAGAAGGUUUCAGCUGAAAAAUUGGUGAAAAUGGCUUUUCCUCACUUAAUAGAUCCCAGUCUGAUCUUGAGCAGCUCUUGCCGGACCCUUUUCAUUCUUGAUGGUUUGGACGAAUUCCAACGCACCUUGAAUUUCUCCGACGCAGUGCCCUGCAACGAUCCGAAGAAAGAAGUUUCCAUCGAUGACUUACUUACAAACAUAAUCCGGGGGAAUCUGCUCCCUGAUGUGGCAGUGUGGGUAACUUCCAGGCCAGGAGUGGCCUCGCUCAUCCCUGGAGGACUCGUGGACAGGGUGACUGAGAUCCCAGGAUUCAGCCCAAGGGAUAUUCAGGACUUUCUAAACCACCAUUUCCCCGAGAUGGAUUUUGCCAGGAAAAUAUUGGCAUACUUGGAAGCCCAUAAGAACUUGAUGGUGUUGUGCUACAUACCAUGCAUCUGCUGGAUUGUAGCUGAUACUCUCAUGUACAUCAUGCAGAGUGGAACACAGGAAAGCCUUCCAAGGACCUACACUGAGCUCUACGCACAUUUCUGUUCCAUGAAGGCAGAAGUAGGCGAACCAAGAGGGCGGGAGCCUGUGAAAAUGGAGCAACUUCACGGGAGCAAUAGGAAACUGCUGGGGAAUCUCGGACGACUGGCAUUUUAUGGACUCCUCAAACACAGGUACACCUUCAGUGAGCAGGAUCUCAGGGCCUAUGGGAUAGAUCUUCUGCUAACUCAAAGCAGUCUUGGUGCGGGGGUUCUUGUUCGAGAGGAGUCGGCUGUAUGCACGACAUACAAAUUCAUUCAUCUGAGUUUGCAGGAGUUCCUCGCAGCCACAUUCUACCAUAUCUCGUCCAAGCGGGCAAUCUUUGACUUGUUCUCAGAAAGCAGUAUGUCGUGGCCAAAGAUUGGUUUCCAGAACCAUUUCAGAAGUGCCGUGCAGCACGCACAGCAAGCGGAAGAUGGACAUUUGGAUGUGUUUGUGCGCUUCCUCACGGGCCUUUUGUGCCCAGCGACACUGAGAAGUCUUGCUGGCCUUUUGUCCCUUGGAAAAGAUGACGGCAAUCAGAAGGCCUGGGCAGCAGGGUUUCUGCAAGGCCUGUUGGUCAGUGGGGGUGCAGUGGUGUCCCUGCGUACAAUCAACCUGGCGUACUGCUUACAGGAGCUGCAGCACACGGAGUUGUUGCGGAGUGUGGAGGAGGAUCUGCGGCUUGGCAGCCUUGGAGGGAAGUUGUCGCGGGCUCAGUGCGUCGUGCUGGGAUACCUGUUGCAUGUGUCUCCAGAGUGCAGUGAACACACCAACUUAACAGGCUCUCUGAAUUACACCACAGUGAAAUGUUUGCUUCCACAGUUGCUGUACUGCAGCCAUCUCAGGUUAGAGAAUAACCAUUUCAAAGAUGAUGUCAUGGAAUUGCUGGGAAGCCUCCUGAGUGCCAAAGAUUGCCAUAUUCACAAGUUAAGUUUGGCAGAUAACGCUGUCAGCAACAAAGGAGCCAAAGCGCUGAGUCGAGCUCUCCUGGUGAACCGAACACUAACAUCGCUCAAUCUCCAAAACAACAACAUCGGCUCUAAAGGUGCAAAGUUCUUGGCAGAAGCUCUGAAAAUGAAUCAAGUGCUGGUAUCGAUCAACUUUCAGAACAACUCCAUUGAAGAGGAGGGCGCCCAGGCGCUCGCAGAAGUGCUGCAGUGCAACCGCAAACUGGUCUCUCUGAAUCUGAGGAAGAACACAGUCGGCGCAGGAGGAGCCAAAAGAAUCGCAAAUGCGCUGAAGAUGAACCAAACGCUCACAAACCUCAUUCUUUGUAGCAACCACCUCGGGGACAAAGGAACGAUGGCUCUGGCGGAGGCUUUGACGUUUAACCACACGCUUCUCUCGCUUCAACUUCAGAGUAACUCAAUCAGCAACAGAGGGAUGACUGCCUUAACCAGUGCACUCAGACUCAACCACGGUCUUGUCUCCUUGAAUCUAAGGGAGAACUCAAUCGGAGUGGAAGGAGCAAAGAGUAUGGCACAUGCUCUCCAUGAGAACAACUCUCUACAAGACCUCGAUCUUACAGCCAACCUGCUGCACGAUGAAGGCGUUCAAGCUAUAGCUGGUGCAAUCAAGUUUAAUCAAGGCCUCACCUCUUUGCAUCUCCAGUGGAAUUUCAUCAAGUCCAGUGCUACGAAGGCUCUGGCUCAGGCUCUGCUCUCUAACACAACACUGCAGCUCUUGGAUCUACAGGAAAACGCCGUAGGGAACGAAGGUGUCAUUUUUCUUGCGGAAGCCCUGAAGACCAACACAUCUCUUCGUGCCUUAUGGUUGGAUUUGGUCCUGUGCACAUGCCUGAGACAUAAGCUACACUCACAUAAAACAUGUGCUUAUUGUUUUCACUCUUGCUCACUUUUGUCUUGUAGUAUCCAGGGAGUCUCAGCGGGAACAAGUGGUGUCAUCGCCAUGGCGGACGCUCUCACGACCAAUCAAACCCUGCAGACUUUAGAUCUACGUGGGAACACUGCAGGAAUGGAGGGAGCAAAGGCUCUGGCUAAUGCGAUGAAAAGCAACCGGAGUCUCAAGUCUCUGAAUCUCCAGGAGAACUCUCUGGGCAUGGACGGAGCCAUAUUCAUCGCAACCGCGUUGAAGGCCAACCACCAGAUGACAUACAUCAAUUUGCAGGGAAAUGGCAUCGGAGAAUCUGGGGCAAAGGUGAUAUCGGACGCCAUCAGAGCCAACGCGCCGGGCUGCGUGGUCGACAUCUGACCGAGGACGAGGACAUGUCUGGAAAUGUCAUGUAAAUGAUGGUCUUGUCAUGUAUAUUUCUUUUUCUUGUUAUUAAAUUAUGUCCUCAAGAAGCAGUUAGAUAUUCAAUCUGUACAUUAUA